AUGUUGAUCGUUGGCACAACUCAAGUUUGGCAACACGCUCGAACCCCGUCGCGAGACUGUCUUUUCGUAAAUUAUUAGGGCUUAGGAAAAGAGGAAGGGGAAGAGGCGAAUUUCCAAGGAUAUCUGCUUUCUUUCUUUCUCGUUAUGUAAGGCUCGCCUAGGUUGUCAUUGCCAGAGGGUGUGUGUUUCCGCGUUCAUGGACUUGUACUCUGUCUCCCCUCGCAGGCAGAACGAUUCGAGACGCAACAGCCUACCUCAGCCUUUCGUUCUUCGCACCAACAUCGGCGGUCGUCCACGGCUUCGUCUACCGCCUCGCAUGCUCUCUACCUCUGCCCUCAAAUCGACCGGUGAUAGUGGUCUAGCUUGCCAGGAGCUCUUUAGGGUGUGGAAGAAAUUUAAGAUGUCGGGUGAUCAAAGUGCAGAGAAGUUGGACACCAUGCUGCAGAGCAUGGAUAAGAUCCAGAUGACCCUCAAGCAGAUUGAGGUGAAUGGACGACCAGGGGACUCGGAGGAGUAUUACGCACCAAGAGAAGACAAACAAAAGGUGUUUGCAAGGAUUCGAUGUAACAUCAUCACUGUAGGUGACAUUGACACAGUGGCCCAGCUGUUCACUGCAGAGAUCUAUCUGAGUGUCACGUGGAAGGAACCAAAGGUCAAAGGCAUGAAGAGAGAGGAUGUGAACUGGGACGAGCACUGGGAUCCUCGAAUCUACUUCUUCAAUGCAGUGAACAUCGAUAAGAUGCAAACCAACCAUUACAUCAUGCCAAAUGACGAUGAUGACCCCGAUGGUAUCCCGGAUGUUCGUCUCUCUAUCAGGAUGAAGGGGACAUUCAAGUGCAGCAUGCAGCUGAAGGAUUUCCCUUUCGACUGCCAGGAUUUGACGAUUAAGUUGAUGUCUGAUUGGCCCGUUGAAGAUGUUGAGUUUGUGAAGGAUAUGAACAUCAAGGACAGUAUCAGACUCGACACCUUCACAGCUGGUCACCAGUGGAAGCUAUGGAAGCACGUAUUAGCUCAACCUAUUGAAGAGGAUAAAGCUUUGACGGGAGCACAUAGAUCUUAUCCCAUCUAUCACAUCACCACGCAUGUGCAACGAAGACCUGGCUUCUAUAUCUGGAAUAUCGCCCUCAUUAUGCUGCUGAUCGUCAUCUUAACCUUCACGUCGUUCGUAGUAGAACGAGGUGCUCCGGCAGACAGACUCAGUGUGACGGUGACCCUCCUUCUGACGGCUGUAGCCUUCAAGUAUGUCGUCAGUCAAUCUCUACCACUCAUAUCUUAUCUAACCAUGCUGGACAAGUACGUGCUGUCGUGUCUCAUCUUCCAAUGCCUGGUGGUCGGUCAGAAUGCUCUAUCGGCCGUCGUCGAGAUCAACGACCCCGAUAAGGAGAAAGACUGGGCUAAAUGGUUCGACUUCAUCUCCAUCAUCGUCCUCGCCGGCAUGGUGUUCAACAUCACCAUCGGCUUCAUCAUCUCAAGCCUUAUCAGGAAAUGUAAGACAACCAACAGGAUGACGAAGAUAACUGCCGAGUACAUGGAUAAAUGCGAGCAGAUAAACCAGAAUUGGCAGACCCGUCAGAGUAACCGUGAGGCCAGUAGAAAGAGCAAAGAGGAGCGGACCAUUCCGCCGACGGAGAAGGCGGUCCAGGCCGGAGCCGCUGCCAAGGGCCUCAGCUGGAAGAGAACAAGCAAGGAAGUGGGUAAUAAUGGCAAAAACAACGUAGAGAUGCAAGGUAUUAAGACGGACGCCAGCCUCAAACCAGAGCCCAGUUCCCAUCCUUCUGGUAGUACCACCAGUCAACAAACUACUGCUACAUUCGCCGUCUAAACAUCGCCUCCUAAGUUACCAGAUACAGGAAUAUGGAAUACCGCCAGUUAAUAAACUACUGUUACAUUCGCCGUUAAACAUCGCCUCCGAAGUAAUCAGAUACAGGAAUAUGAAAUACCACCAGUCAACAAAGUAACUACUGUUACAUUCACCGUUAAACAUCGCCUCCGAAGUAAUCAGAUACAGGAAUAUGGAAUAACACCAGUCAACAAACUACUGCUACAUUCGCGGUCUAAACAUCGCCUCCUAUAGUAUAAGUAACCAGAUACAGGAAUAUGGAAUACCACCAGUCAACAAACUACUGCUACAUUCGCCGUCUAAACAUCACCCUCUAAGUAACUAGAUACAGGAAUAUGGAAUACCACCAGUCAAUAAACUACUGCUACAUUCACCGGCUAAACAUCGCCUUCUAAGUUACCAAAUAGUGCAUUCAAAUGUCGUAUACAUUACUUAUUCCUUCAUCGAAUGAUCCUUAUUAGCUUGAGAUAUUACACCUUACAAAGUGAUUACUUGCAUGUGCUUUACUUAUGCAAGGGCAUUUCUUUAGGUACAAUUUCAUAAUUUCGAUUGAAAAAUAAUAUGUGACUGCACAUAAAUCAAUUCUAAAUUUAGUUUCAAGCAAAGGGAUUUCUAGCGAUUAUGUAUUUGUAGAGAAAUCGUACUUUCUUUCCUCAAUCUCAGUGCGUUUUAAACACACACGGGGGAAUACACAUAAUUCCUUAAACUAGUAUUAUGUCGACUGUUCAAACGAAGUGAUAUAUAGUAAUGAUAUAAGCCCGUGGAUUUUGCUGACAAGUUGGCGCUUUUAAUAGAUUCCUAACCGAUUACUUUGUAUAUAUGAUGACUAUGAUCAAAAUGAAAAAGAUGAUGAAUUUGUCAGAUGAUUACAAAGAGAUUACAAAAGAAAGAUAAGGAUCGAAAUAGAAAACAUGACGAUAAACAAAAAUUGCAAUUAACGGGAAUACGAGAAUAUGAAAUAACGGCUUUUAAUAAUAUUAUCACAACAAUAUAUAGCCGCUUUAUUUUGUAAAUAGGUGAAUAUCCCUAUGAAAUGACUAAUGUGUAUAUUGUAGAUGAGUAAUCAGGAUUUUUAGUAUUUAUAGAUUUUAUAUGUAGGUGUCAGUGUAAUGUGUUCAGAAAUAAAUAUGUAAAGAUAUACCCAGUGUAAAUAGAAUGUUAUUUGUUCAUUUUGAAAUAUGGAGAUUGCAAUAGAUAGUGCCACAUGCAAUAGAUAUGGUUUUCGUGAAAGGAGGGGAGGGGGGGGGGGGAGACCAGAUCACCAAAACUUUGGACCAAUGUCUUUCGAGAAAAAAUUUACUUGAGUGUUCAACAUCGAGAGUAGCUAAAACGAGGUGCAAAACGAAGGCAUACUGUAUAAAAUACUUUGUUCGGUUUUUUUUCAUCUGAAAUGUGGUAAUCGAUGCUCUCAUGAACUACGUAUGUUUUUGCAUUGUAGAUGUAGACUCAAACUCUGUGUACAUAAUCAUGACAACUAUGCAAUUUUCGUGUAAAUCGCUUAGCCGGUAUGGAUGCAACGGAAAGUGCAAUUAUCCUUGUCUUUCAAAGUCGUUUGAUAUUCAAUUUGAUACCUCUAAAGCUUAUUCAAUUUUUUUAGAUAUCGUAAUGAGGUCGAAUUUUCAUCUUUUGUUUUUAGACAUAUUAAAAGAGAGUAUACUGAA